UUUGUCCUAUCUGUUUCUUAAGCCUUUCCCUUCUCUCGGACUCUCUCCUCCCUGCUCUUCCUUCCCUGGCGGCGCCGCCUGGGCGAGCGGUGGCGCCAUUUUUUCACGUCUUCGCCCAGCCCUUUGCCGGCGACGAGCAUCCUCCAGCCUAUUUCAGUUGUUUUCCAUGUAACUGCAAAUGGUGUCGGCCUGCUAGAUCCUGGCGCUGAAAGUAACUGUGUAGAGAAGGGUGCCAAGGUGGAGCUCCCAUUUUGGCUUGCGCAUGGGCUGCUGUCUUUGGAACAAGCAAUGUCAAUAAAUCCGCCUCCAUGCUUCACACAGAAAACUCGAAAAGAGAUCCAAGCUGAUGCGGCCUGUGUGGACUUGAGGGUUCGUUGCCCCUACUUUUAUGAGCUAGGGUGCAAGAUUGUUCCUUUGGUGAGUGACAAGAGCAUUGGCCUGUUCUUGCGCUAUGCAUUCACCAGUCGGUACAAAGAGGUUCUAAGCAAGUCUCACAGUUCUUCCAUGAUGACAGUGCCCAAGUUCGUCCCACGCCUUACCAAAGAAGAAGCUUGUGUAUUUGAAUCUGCUAGGGAAUCUAUGGCUGCUUUCAAGAAAUGGCGUGCUGGUGGUGUGAGGUUACGAAAGGCUUCCAUCCUUGGCAGGAAGAGGAAGACGAAGCUGCCUGAUGGAACUUGUACUCCUUGAAACUGCAGGUUUAUGGUCUCCAGGGAAUGGAAUGCUUGAGCAGUCUACCUUAUAUGUUCAUGUAUGUUCGCAGAUUUGAGCUGUUAGAAUGAGAAGCAUUGCAACAAUUUAAUACUUAUCCUAUCACACAUCUUUCUUGUAUUCUGGUGCACCUACGAAGUGCAUCUCUUUAGACAGGCAGGACAGGUGACUGCAGCUCUGAUAAAAGGAAAAAUAGUCAGUCUAAUUACUCAGUUGUAGAUACUUCUUGAAUAGUUGCUCCAGAGCCAGGGUUGGCCUCUCUUCAUGGAACUGGCAUUUUGUCUUCCUUUCCAGCUACAGUAACUAGAAGGGGGGGGAGGGGGGGGGGGGGGCUUUUCUGAUGAGUUGAGGAUUAGAUCAAUCUGAACUUUCAUUUUUUCCAUGCGCAGUAAUCGUUGGUUUUGUCCAAUUCCUUCAAUCAUCACUGUUUUGUUCUGCAAUACCAUUCCAUUUUUAUCUAUUUUCUUCUUCCAUUGAUGUGCUUUUCUAUUGGAGUCAUUAAUUCCUAUUCAAUCUUUUCCAUACUACAGGUACUGGUCUCAAUGGGAAAGAGCCUUAAUUUGUUCAUGCUUAGUUAGAAAACUGAAUGCUGCUACAUCGCCAUGUCCUUUUGGAAUUUCAGGAUUUCGUUUGGAGGGAGCAAAUCUGUAGGAGUCUUCACUAUCUAGCAGGCUUUGCAGUUUCAACUUUUAGUAUGAAUGGAGACAGUUUGGAUAAGUUUGAUAUGUUUAAAGUGAAGGAGACCGGGAUGAAAAAUGAGUCAAUAAUGAUACGGCAACUUGUUUAAAGAAACAGUCAAGUGUUGCUGCUGGGUGAGUUACGAGCUCUGGAGCAUGGUUGAUUUUAAGCUUUGCAUACAUGAUACCUUUGCAAAAUACAUCAAGUGUUGCUGCAGGAUGAGGGUUACGAGCUCUGGAGCAUGGUUGAUUUUAAGCUAGUGCACUAUGUAUUGUACCUGCUAUGGCUCUAUGCCUGCGAGCUUGUAUGAUGCAUGGUAGCUGAUUGGUAGCUGAUGUGACUUUUAGUUGUGGUUGUCUUUGUUAUAUUGGACAGUAUGUUCUUGCAUUGAUGCCCAUGCAUAUGCCUGUAUCAUUCAUGCCUGGGAACUAUGAUUAUUGGUUAAUCAAAUAUAUGUUUUUUCCCAAAGAAAA